AGUACCGGUUACAUGAGUUUCCUAUAAAUUAGUGUUUUAAGCGUUGAUUGAGAACACUUCAUACUCGUGUGCAGCUCGCACGUGUCUACAAUAUUCUUUCGUUAUUCUAUAACAAUGGCCAAUAAAUUUAAUAUAAUCAGUUUAAUUGUUGUUAUAAGUGUUUACGUGUGUUAUGUUUAUGGGUUUCCGAAAAAUAAACUUUAUGAUUUGAAACGUUACAAGUUCUAUAGUCGCGAGGAUUGGGGAGCGACCCAAGCGACUGAUACAAGACCAAUAGUGACCCCGGUACCCUACGUCGUCAUACACCAUACAUAUUUACCAGCGGCGUGUAACACCACACAGCAAUGCUUUGACGCAAUGAAAUCUAUGCAAGACUACCAUAAUAGUAUGAGCUGGGGAGAUAUUGGGUACAAUUUCUGCGUGGGCAGUAAUGGCGGCGUGUACGAGGGUCGCGGCUGGGACAUCGUUGGCAUACACGCAGGCCGCGCUAAUAACCAUAGCUAUGGCAUUUGUCUUAUCGGCGAUUGGAGAGUGGCAACACCGCCUAAAGCGAUGCUAGAAUCGACAAAGCGACUCAUCUCUAUAGGAGUUCAGAAUGGAUCGGUCAGUCCCAACUACAAGCUGAUAGGUCACAACCAAGUGAUGGCGACAGAGUGCCCCGGGACUGCGCUCUUCAAUAUUAUAUCAACAUGGGACCAUUUCACAACAGACGUUACUGCUUUCAAAACAAUUGUAUCAAAAGAUAAUGUUAGCUAACAGUUUGAACAUUUUAUUGCA